CAUAUGAAUGUAUAUAUCACACUGUGCCUACAUUAUACAGAACAUUACUACGAUCCUGAAAGUGGUUCAGGCUACAUUGCAUGGCGGUUGAAGACAAUUCAACGAAAAGCUGCUGAGGAAAGAGGUCCUGCAGUUAGUACAUCUCCUAAAGUUGGUGGGCCAGGCCAUGGGCGUACUAGACCCUUUACUGCCGACAGAGUCCUGACUGACGAGGAAGUGGAAUGCGCUUUCGCUUUGUUGAGACACACUGCUGAUGAGGAGACCAUCCGUGAAAAGAUGAAAGUCACUUUCGCAUACCGCCACGCCAUGGUCAAUGAUGAGAACAAAUCAGCAGAGGUCUUCUCAGUAUUUCCACGGUUCCUAGACACACCAGGACUGAUGGAACAAGAUUUUAGAGUGAUGUUUGGUGAGCAAACUGCCAACAAGUUCAUGGAGAGGUGGCCUACCACUUUCAAAGCAGGAGUCAUUAAGGAAAGCCAUGGACUAGUCCCCUCCACAGACCUUCUUGAUUUAAUGCGCAACGCUGAGACAUCUACUGAAGUUGAAAAAGGCUGGGACAGUGACAUGUCUGCCAUCAUACUGCUGCUACAUCUGCUACCACCAUCUGCACAGGGACGAAAGAGGCCAGGGAAGAUAUCAGCAUCUAAUGCAGUUGAUCACCUCAUCAAAUUCCAAAAGACGGGAACAAGCGUGCAGCAGCAUCUUGACAACAUCGCUCAAAGCAGUCAGCCCUACCUUGCUCAGGGACCCACAAAAAGCAGCAUUCACUCUUUCUUCAUUGCCAUCGACAAGCAUGCACUUCAAUGCCAAGCCACCAGCUCGGUUGGAGCCCUGGGUGAGCUCUUCAAGGCCCACUAUGUGUUUGGUACAUCUUACAGUCCUGCCUUGAACAACUUUUUCACUUUUCUGCAAACUUCCAUUUACAACAUUGACGUGGGGAAAACUAAGGAAACGCCAAGAAUUGCAGAGUUGCGAGCGAGAAUGGUGCGUUAGGCACUCUUGAAAUUAAACAAUGAGGUGCUUUCUUUGCAGCAAUGUCUUUGGUGAAGCAAACAAUCUAGUAAAGCACCUCAAAGUAAUACAUGGACUCUGUACGGGAAGGACUCUUUAUCUUCAAUGUGGCCAAGUGGGAUGCUCACGUUUUUUCAAUAGUUUUUCUGGUCUUAGGAAGCAUCUGAAUAAGUGUCAUGUGAAUAGUGCAUGUGAUGUUAUUGUUGAAACUGAACCUAUGUAUGUUGUCCCAUAUUGUUAUCUCUGAGGAGUUAUCAGGAAAUAAAUGGUGCUACAGUACCUGAUGGUGUGUAUUGUCUUAUAUUAUAGCAGUUAAAAACAUUACUAUUUCAUUAAAAUAAAAUAUAAAUAUACACUAUAUAGUGUAUUUUAAGA